AUGCCUAGGGGUCAUAAGAGUAAGCUCCGUGCCCGUGAGAAGCGUCGCCAGGCUCAAAAAGAAUUAAAGGAUUCAUGUGGCACCGAAGCCACUGUGGUAGAAGAAGAAGAGCCAUCUUCUUCUACCCCUGAGAUCAAAGCUGUCUCCCAAGAAUCAUCUGCUGCUGGAGCAAUCUACACCCAAGAGGAGCUUGAGGAAACCCCAUCUAUUUUGGCUGCUUCUAUACCUAUUACAUCUCCCAAAUCUAAUGAAGGUGCUAAAAACCAAGUUGAGGAAAAGCCAGAUGAUUUAGAAGUUAGCGUUAAGAAGUUGCAAACACAUCCUAUACAUGCAAAGGUGGCGGUGUUGGUGAAUUACUUGCUAUACAAGUAUCAAGUGAAAGAACCCAUUACAAAGGCAGAGAUGUUGAAAAAUGUAAUGAAAACAUGUAAGAAUCACUUCCCGAUAAUCCUUAGGAAAGCUUGUGACCAUGUGGAGCUGCUCUUUGGCCUUGACAUGAAAGAAGUGGAUCCCAAGAAGAACACCUAUGUUCUCAUCAACAAGCUGGACCUCGAUGAUGAUACAACAGUGAGUGAUUACAGAGGCAUACCUAUGACUGGACUGCUGAUGACUGUCCUCGGCGUGAUCUUCUCCAAGGGCAACUGUGCCACAGAGGAGCAAGUCUGGGUAGUGCUCAAUAUGAUGGGAAUCUGUGAAGGCAAGAAUCACUUCAUUUUUGGAGAUGCUAAGAAGUUCAUCACUAAGGAUUUAGUGGAAAAAAAUUACCUGGAGUAUCAGCAAGUACCCGGCAGUGAUCCACCACGCCAUCAACUCCUGUGGGGCCCAAGAUCCUAUGCUGAAACCAACAAGAUGAAAGUUCUGAAGUUUUUGUGCAAGAUUCAUGAAUGUGUGCCUAGCAAUUUUGAAGCCUUGUAUGAAGAGGCACUGAAAGAUGAGGAAGAACGAGCAAAAGCAAAGGCCAUAGCCAAAGCUCGGAAUACUUCCAGGGCCAGUUCCAGUUGCAAGGCCAUGUCCAGAUUCUCUUGUUCCAAGUGA